ACAAAAAUGGCUGAGGGCACGUAUGAGUAUGAAUGCAUGCGGGCUGAGCUGUUGGGUGUCGAAAAGCCAAAUCGUGAAGAAUUCGAAGCUAAUAUGAAACUUCGAAAGGAAGCUGAACAGGAAGAACAAUUAACGCAAGAGAUGCAGGAGGUUGACUUGAACGAUGAACAACUGAAGGGUACUACUGGGAAAAUGGACGAAUUGAACAAUAUACUUUCAAUUACGCAGCAACGAAUAAACAAAUUUAAGGUUGCUUGUGGCAGCCUUACUAGUUUGUUAAAAAUGCGUCCAUCAACUCCCAACGCAGGAACCUCGUCCAACGAACCUACGGAAGAAGCCUCUGCAAAUACAAUUAAUGACGCACUGGACGCGUUGGAUACCAUGAAAGAUGUGGAGACAGCUUCCGAUGCCAAGAUCGCAAAAUCAGCUGCACAGGAUAUGGGUCAAAAAAUGACCUCACAACUUGACAAACUGGAUUCGUUACUAUCAAAAGCUGAUAAUGCAACGUAUGCCAUGAAGCACCAAACCGAUCAGAUGAAGAAGAUUACGAAGUAA